AUGCCUCAGAAAAUCACUGUUGCUGUGGCGCAAGCCCGCACUCUAUCUACACUUGAGUUGACCCUGGCCGCUCUUAAGCAAACCACCCAGCAUGCAGCUUCAAAGGGUGUCCAUCUUAUUCUAUUCCCAGAAGCUUAUCUAGGCGGAUAUCCUCGCACUUGUGACUUUGGAACUGUUUUUGGCGCUCGUGAACCCCAUGGCCGGGAUCAAUUUCUUGAAUACUUCCGUGCUGCCGUUGACCUAGGCGAUACGCCUGCUGGGGCGGGAGAUGACUGGGUUGAGCGCAAGCUCCCCGUAGCUCAAGGUCGAGACCACCGUGGUGAUGGGACAAGAGAGUUCCUCGAGCAGCUGUCCCGAGAAACGGGUGUCUUUAUUGCAACUGGGUUGAUUGAAAAAGCUGGGGGAACUGGCUCAGAACGUCUAGUAUGGGCCCAGGGUUCCCCUUCUACCCUCAAAGCUAUCACUACGGAGCUCAAUGGAGUCAAACUUACUAUUGCCGCCGCUAUCUGCUGGGAAAGCUUCAUGCCUUUGCUUCGUCAAAGUCUUUAUUCGCAAAAUGUGAACAUUUACCUCGCGCCCACAGCUGAUGGCCGUGACACCUGGUUACCUCUCAUGCGCACUAUUGGUGGCGAAGGCCGCACUUUCGUGCUGUCUUGCAACCAGUGCGUGCGCUACAAUGAACUACCAUCCUGGAUCACUGAGCAGGGUAAAACUACGGAAGAAACUUCAGACCGCUAUGUCUCGCGUGGUGGCUCCUGCAUCGUCGGACCCUUCGGCGAAGUCUUGGCUGAACCUAUCUGGGAAGUCUCCACUGACGAUGCAGCUGAUGGCUCCAGCAUCGAAAGUGGGCUUGUGAUUUCUGAUAUCGACUUGGAGGAUUGUGAGCGCGGUCGACUUGAUAUGGAUGUUGCUGGCAGCUAUUCAAGAGAUGCAUUCCGGUUAACGGUUGACGGGUUGGACUUGAACCCUCCUCCGUUCUAA